CUGUCUCAGACACAAACCCCAGGCAGUAACACCUCCUGCCCUGACCUAUUGCCGGAGGAUGAUUAAAGAGUGGGAAAACCGCUUUCAGAGGUAUAGAAGCCAGAGAGCCGCACAUCUGACGGCCCAGGAAGGGACCACUGCUGAGGAAGAGCCAGACAACAGAAAGCCAUCCAAGGUCCCCAGUGUCAGCUCUCCCUUAGUAGCUCAAGAUUUCCCAUACCGGAAAGAGGACUUCUGUAUUGCGUCACCUCUGGGGAUAUGGACGGCAUUCUACAAAUCAGACCCACGCAUUGCCCUUGGAAAAUAUUCUCCGAUGGAACAAGAGAUCCUGCAUCUCGGUGGCGUUCACACCAUAGCAACAAGAAGAUAUUUGGCUGACCAGCAGAGGAAAGAGUGGAGGAUGCUGAGAAAACUGCAGGCACAGUCAUCAGACUACAAAAUGGCAAAAAAAUAUAGAAAAGAGUCCUCUUCUCCUUGUACUGUGUGUGGACCCCCAGAAAAAAUAUGGACAGCAAAGGUGGUCAUACCUGCGGAGGAGUUUAAAAUGCCCCACCGAGAGGUGAUCGACAUCGACAAACAUAUAAAAAGAAUGCAGCUCGCACGAGCCCUGAGAAACAAGCAGCUUUCUCCAUACCUCGAACGGCUCCGGAGUGCCACUUUGCUGUCUGGAGCAGAGCCGGGUACCACAGGAACAGUCAAGUCCAGGGAAGAGGGGGGCAACUUUGACAGGGAUAGCUCUGAUAAAGCCAGUCAAGAGGAGAAAGGGGAGGUGGAGUUCAAACCCACAAACCCACGAGAAAUCACAAUGAACGUAAUUUUCAAGUCAGAAGAACCCAAAGGGUGUUUGGUAUGUCAUCGGAAUGAUCGGAAAACUUUCCUCCCUGUGAAGAAACAGGAGCGGUGCAUCACGGGCCUGACGAACAGAAACCUCUUCCCCAUCACUGGCUUUCCUGGAGACCUGAUGCUCAUGAACCAGGAUUUUAUAUCACGGGGAAUCCACCCGAGUGACGCCAUUAAGAUCUACUGGCUGCCAGAAGAGGAUACCCGCAAGGCACUCAAGCACAGGGCAGCUCGCUGCCCCUAUUGAAGCUAGAGAGCCCAGAGCAUAAGCAAGUGUCCUGCUCUUCAUUUCUCCUGCACACCGUGUCCCAGGGUCCUUCCUCUCUGCUCUUCUUUUGAGCUCCUUGGCUUCUCCUGCUCUGUCUCCACGGUGUCUCCAAGAUGAGACCCUGCUGCUAAGGCUUCCUUGUUUCCAGCAACUCUUGAGUUUAGCUCCCACCUCACCACAUCCAUAAGUUCUAAAUGAUGAUGAUGGGCAUGCCCCCACUGGCCAGGCUGUUUUCCUGAUCCUGGGUAUUCACUCUAAAACUGAAGUUGCCCAUCAAAUACCGAGUCCUGGCACUAAGAGGCAAUCCAAAAUGUGAGUGACAGGAAAUGGAUUCUCAGCCUCCUCCAAAGUAUCUCCUGGCUCAACCAGAGCUUUGGGCAUAGAUAGGAACUUCAGCUUUUGGUGGGGAGGGACAUCUGGAGCAAAUGAAGGGGUUUCCCUCCAAUGACAAAGCUCUGAUGUUUCCUGCAUGUGUGUCUAUGUAUCACAUAUGUGCCUGGUGCCCAUGGAGGCCGGAAGAGAGUGUUGGAUCCCCUGGCAUUAGUGUUAGAAAUGGUUGUGAGCCACCAUGGAGUUGCUGGGACUCAA